AUGAGAGUCACACAAAGUCAUCCCCUCCGAGACACCAUAUCGGAACAAGUGGAAUCCUACAUCCUUGCACAAUGGGACUUUACGACCGAGGAGGCGAAGCAGGUAUUCCUGACGGCAGAUAUUAGUGGCCUGGCCUGUCAAUGCUUCCCAUAUGCGCUAGACGAGAGGAUACACAUGGCGGCGGUCCUGUUCUCGGUUGUCUUCCUAAUCGAUGCAAAUCUCGGUGAAAUGGAUAUUGAUGACGGCGAGGACUACCUAGAUCACCUGCAAGAUACCGCAAAGGGAUACUGGGAUUGCGAUCGUUCAAGACCUGAUGCAUGGAUGCUUUGCGAUCUCUUUGGGGAAAUGCAGAGUCAUGACUAUCUACUCGUCGGCGAUAUCAUGAGCGCUACAAUAACACAGUUGAGGACACGCAACUGCCAACGCAGAUUGAGAGCCAGAGGCUCACAAGACUGGCUUUCUUUCCGGAACCAACUUCUCGGAGACGAAGUCAUUGGGAUUCUCUUGAAGUUCGUCAUGGGCCUCAGCUUCGACGAUGAUCUGAACGUACUUGGUGUCACAUCUCCAUCAUCUAGCAAGAAUCCGGAAGAGAGCAGAGGGAGAAAAGUGCGGCGGAGAGGAGAAAGUGAGACCUGGCAUGUCGAUGUUGCUCUAGGUCAACGGAUCUGCACAGCAUGA